UAUAUGUAUCUUCGUGCUCUUUUCUCUGCAACACAAAACACGCAACUAAAUUUCGUUUAAAAACAAUCAAAAACAACACAAAAUGGACUAGUUUCGUAUUUAAACCCUUUACUCGGCCGUGUAGUACCCAAGUGAAGUGGAUUUUCCCAUGGAAAUUGUUUUCGGAAACUUACACAAACAUUUUUUCGUAAGCGCUGCCUGUGUGUGCCUCUGCCUUUGCCAUUGCCUCUGCCUCUGAUGUUGUCUCUGUCUCGUUCGCACAGCAGAAUUACUAGUUGCUGUGUGUGUGCGUGUGUUCGCGUGUGUUUGUGAUUUAGCGUACGUUUUUUAUAUGCUAAAAACUAAACUUAAUUAAAUGGGAAGGAGUGAGGAGAGGAGCGCAUCGGCAAUCAUUGAAAAUGCAACAUCUGACCGCCAACGAAAGAGUAGCAGCAGCAGCAGCCGCCACAGCAAAAACAACAGCCGCAGCAGCAGCAACACCAACACCAACAAAUUACUACACAUUACUACACACGACUACGCGUUCGUGCGUGUGUGUUUCUAUGUUCACAUUGAAUAAUGUUUAAACAUUUUUGGAUUUUGUACACAAAACAAUUUUAAUUUGUAGCAGAGAAUCGGCCUAGCAGUUAAUCGAAGAGCAGCCAACUAAUAAAUUAAUCUAUCAAUCGCCUCAAACAAAAAGCAAUACAACAAAUUAAACGACAACAAAAUGGGACAACACCCGAAAUACAGCAACAAAAAGUUAAACAUGUAGUUACAAAUCAAAGCAAAACAAAAGGAAAGAAAAGAAAAGAAAAUAAAAGCAAAGAAAAGUUUAUUACGAAUCGCAUUAGCACAGACGUAGCCAUUAGCUUUACAGAGAAAAAAAAGAAGCAGAAACAUAAACUUUAGAGAGCCUAUAAAAGUACGCCUUCCAAUAGUUAUUAUUAUAUACAAGCAUUAUAUACAGCCUAUAUACAUACAUACAUGGACAUAGCCAUAGCACAUACAAAUUCGAUAUGGAUGGUAUAUACAAAAGGAGGAGCGGGAUGAUGACAACUCGUGGCGGAGAAUCGGGGUUAAAGUGCGUUACAUUCUAACGGUGCAAUCAAAUCUUAUUAUACAUAUAUAGGCACACACGAUCAUAGUAUAUAGAAUACGAAUAUAUAUACAUAUAUAUAUAUAUAUAUUUCUUAUAUCAAAUACUCUAAACUAAACAAUUUUUACAAUCUGCUUGAAAAAUCAAAUCAAAUCAACCGCAAACGCAAUUACUUUAGUAAAAAUUACUUUAAACAAAAACAAAAACGAUAGAAAGCAAAGAAACAAAAAGAAAAACAUUUAAAAAAGUCAAGUGCAAAUUACAAAAACAAAUUAUUCUUAAUAGAACAAAAUAAAAUUCAACAAAUUAUUAGAAAUAUUAGAAAUUUCAAAUAUUAAAAAAAAACAUAAAACAAAUUUAUCCUAAAACGUAUUUCUUAGGUAUAAAUCAAAUGAGUAACAAACAAAUUUUUAUAUGUAUAUGGUAAAUGCGCCCCAAGUGCUUAAGCAACAACAAACACCCCAAAAACAAAGCAAAAACAAAAACAUAAAACAAACCUAAUGUUAAACAACAACAACCUCAACCAACAGCGAAUCGAGCAAUAUUAUCAAUAAUGAAUCAUUAAAUUGUUAAACGUUAAAGAUUAAAUGUAAUGUAAAACAAAACAACAAAACAACAAAAUAAAAAUUUAAAAAAAUCAACUAAACAAAACAGCAACAACGCUAGUAACCUGCCAACAAAAGACACCAACAACUCAUGCGGUGCCUGAAAAAGUACAUCAUCAUCGCCUUACAACAAUCACAACAACAACAGCAACACCAACAAAAACAACAACAAAAACAACAAGCAAGUGCCUCCGCCUCCCCAGAGGCCAGGGGACUAGGAAUAGGAAUAGGAUCAGAAAUCAGAAACCGACGACCAGGAACUGGACCGAACACCCACACCCCCCAUCAUUCGUGGGCGGCAGCUAAAUCGCCCAGAUAUCUUGGAUUAAUCAUCACUUAGCUGACGCCGCCGCCACGCCCCAAAGCGGGUGUAUGGGGGAUGCGUUCUAUGACAACAACAACAACAGCAGCAGCAACACCUUUAACUUUAACUUUAACUUCACCAACGAUCACAGCAGGAUAUGGAUAUACAUAUGAAGAAACUAACUAAACCACGGUACUGCAACUUACACUUUUUUACCAACACAGUCACACACUCUUACCCUGAAAAACACACACAGGCAGACAUACUCAAGCAAUAAAAGACUCCAAUCAGAUGUAACCGUAGAACUGUAGAGCUAUAAAACUCAUGGAGGAAUACGAGCGACGGAAGCGACGAGAACGUGAGAAAAUCGAACGGCAACAGGGGAUACAGAUCGAUGAUCGGGAGACGGCUCUGUUCAGCGAGCCGCGACGGCUGACGGAGGGCGAUGCCGAGAUCACGGCCGCCCUGGGGGAGUUCAUCGAUGCGAGGGUCUACAUUAAUCAGUCAACGGUGGGGAUUAGUCGGCACGCGCCCGGCGCCGGCAAUCCGCGUCUGCAGGCACCGCCGCCGCCCAAAACCCUCGGCCAUUCGCACUCACCCUCGUCCUCCUCCGCCGCCGGCUCCGGCUCUGGCUCAGCCCUGCCCGGCCAGAGCCAGCAGCAGCAACAGAAGCAGCACUACCAGCAGCAACAGCAGCAGCAGCGACCUCCGGGCUAUCUGAAGCAGGCGGACAACAAGCCGCCGUACAACGGACGCGGCGGCUACCCGGGGCAGCCCAUGAAGAACGAUAUACCCUCGAGUAGUGGCAUGGCCCCGCCCCGGGGACCGCCCAGAUCUGGCUCUGGCUCCACCUCAAACUCCAACAGCAACUCGUCCAGCGCCACAAACAAUGCCACCGGCGGAGCCGCCGGCACGACUCCCCUGGGUCCGCCCUUGUCCACGCAGAUGCCCAAUGGGCGGGAGAAAUCGUUUCUGGGACCACCGGCGCCAGCGCUCCACAACGGCGCUGGGCUCUUUGUGCCUCCGGCGGCCAGCAAGCGGCCCGGCGGCGGCAGUGGCGCCGGACUGCAGCCGCCCCCGCCAGAGAAGGACAUCACCAAGAUGAUCAGCGAGAUGACGAACAGCUUUCGGGUGACGGCCCCUCUGACGUCGAUAGCGGCCACUCCGCACGCCCCGACGCGAGAGAACUACAACCUGAACGGACCCAACAAGAACAAGUAUGCCUUUGGCCCGAUCGGCUCGCCGCCCAUCGGCUCCCAGCCCUCGUCCCUGAUGACCCCGCUGUUCGCCCCCAUUGCGCCCAUCGCCUCGCCCAUUACCUCCCUGCUGACGACCCCGCCACACGCUAGUCAGGGAUCCCUAGGCGGCGCGAGCCCCGUGGCGCCGCUGCAACAACUGCCGCCGACGCCGCCCAAGGUUGCCGCCGCUCUCUCCCCCACAGCAGCGGCCAAGCCGCUCAAGACGGAGAAGAACCAUACGUUGGAGAAGCAGGAUUCAUGCCUCGAGAACGAUCUGGAGCUGUCCGAGUCGGAGGACGAGCAGCGCAAGAAGGAGAGCAGGUCGGCGGGAAACAGCAGCAACAGCUCCGAGUCGGAUUCCAGCGAAUCGGGCAGCGAGUCGAGCAGCAAGGGUGACCACCAGCAGCAGCACCACCAUCACAACCAUCACCACCAGCAGCAGCAGCAACAACUGCAGCAGCAGCAGCAGCAACAGCUCCUCCAGCAGAAGCAGCAGCAUCAGCAGAUCCUCCAGCAGCAGCAGCGACAAUUGACGGCGAAUGGCAGCAAGAAAAAGUACAGCCACUCGAUCAUUGCCGGAGGCGGAAGCACAAUAAGUGGACUGCUGACGUCCAGUGGGUUCGGCAGCGGAGGCGCUGGCAAUGGCGGAUGCUCCACAGCGAGCUCUGGCGGGGGCGGAGGAGGCAGCGGGUCGGGCGGAGGAUCGGGCAGCAGCUCGGGCAUUGGGACCAUGAGCAGCGGCAGCUCCUCGAACAAGACGCCCUCGCCCACGGAGAGCAACAAGUGGACGCUGAGUCGCUUCUUUCCGAAGCCGGCCAACCAGACCAGCUCUGAGAGCGUCUCGCCCGGGAAUGUGAGCAUGAAGGUGCCUGGCAUCCUGCCAGGCGGCGCUCAGAUCAUACCCGAGUCGAUUGAGGUGACCACGGCCAUUGUGAAGAACGAGAAGAUCCACGACGACCACAUGGACAUGGACGAGGUCGAGGAGGAGGACGAGGAUGAGGAGCAACUGCAGCAGCAGCAGCUGCGCUACGGCGCCGGACUGAGUGUCACCCCCGUGGCGGUGGCCGUCAAGAAGGAGGCCCUGGACGGCGUGGGGGAGAUGGGGGGUCUGCCGGCGAUACCAAAAACCCAGAUAAAACGGGAAGCGGAGGCCCUGCACUCCGCCGCUCGUCUAUCGGACUCCGGGACCAGUGGCAGCGGCAGCACCUCCAGCAGCAGCAGCAGCUCGGAUAGUGCCCCCGGCGAGGUGGUGCCGAUGCCGGGCCCCGGCGAGACGCUGCAGCUUCCGGGAGUGCCGGCUGCCAUUACGACGGUGAUGCGGGUGCACCCGGCUCUAAUGCAGAAGGCUCCACCAAAUAGUGUCACCCUCACGCCCAUUCUGCCGCUCCCCGCCUCGCCCAAGCAGCGCCAGAAGAAGCCGCGCAAGAAGAAGCCCGCCACCAGCGCCCCCAUCCUGGACUCCAGCGACGAUGAUGAGCCGCCGGCUGCCAAGCAUGCCCUGGAAUUGUCCGUAGCAGCUGCGGCUCAGGCCCAGGCCACGGCCACGGUUCCGCCGCUGGCCGUGAAGAAGGGACGCGGCAGGCCUAGGAAGCAGCAGCAGAGUGGCGGCAGUGGGAACCUGAGCAGUGCCUCGGCCGGCAGCAGCUCCCAGACGAAGGGACCCACGCUGACGGCUGCCAAGAAGCCGCUGGUCAAAGGCCCCGCCAUGGCCAAUUCGAGGAAACGAGACCAUUCCAGCCAGAGCAGCUCCAACGGCAACACGCCCACAAAGAAGCUAGCCAUGGGCACGGGCACAGGCACGGCCAUGGCAGUGCCCAUGACAGUGAUACCAUCCGGUCCGGCCAAUGCCAGUGCGGUGGCAGCGGCCAGCAGCAGCUCCGACGAGGACAGCUCGUCGAGUACCGGUUCCACUGGCUCCAAGUCGAGCAGCUCCUCCAGCAGCAGCGACGACACGGAGACCACCCAGAACACAAAGUGUCGGAUCGUGAAACUGAACAAAACGGGUGCAGUGCCGCCCCAGGCCCGCUUGGGAGCUGUUGCUAGCGCGGGUGCGGGUGCGGGUGCAGGGGCCAGUGGGAGCAGUUCCCCGAGCAGCAGCAGCAGCGAGCCGGAGGAUCAUCUGGCCAUGAGCACUGUCAGCGCCCUGCCUAUGGCCCAGCAGUUGAUGCAGCCGUACAAGCCGCGAGCCGUCAGCCAGCACAGCCAGCAGCUGAGCAGCUCAGAGUGCUCUUCGUCGAGCGGCAGCAGUACCAGCGGCGACGAGGACGAGGCCAAGCGGGAGAAGGAGCGGGAGCGCAAGCGGAAGAGCGACAAGAACAAGAUCAGCACGCUGACGCGCAUCUUCAAUCCCAAGGAGGGGGGCGCCAAGAAGCAAGGCCAGGUGGUGAUCAUGGACCAGUCGGAGGAGCAGCAGCAGGUCAAGGUCGGCGACUCCUCCUCCCAGCCAGUCCCAGUCCAAAAUGCGGCGAUGGCCAAGCUCCGCAUGACGCCCACCCAGCAGCAGCAGCUGGGCGCAGGUCUGGCCUCCCCGGCACGGACAACGACCCCGCAUUUGACAUCGCUGAUAUGCAAGAUUGACCUCAGCAAGCUCUCCCGCGAGCGGAUCAUGCGCCUGAAGAAGCUCACACCCUCCCAGCAGAACGGACAUAUGACGCCCAAAGAUCUGGUCACGACCCAGACACAGGGACAGUCACAGCCCGUACAGGUUUCGGCCCCGCAUUUAACACCCAACGGCUAUGCCGGAGAUGGGCAUGGGCAUGGGCAUGGGCAUGGGCAGGGGCAGGGGCAGGUGCAGGGGCAUCUGCUGCCUGCAAAGGUGAAGCACGAGCAUCCGCAUCCGGUCAAGCCGGAGCCAGAGCUGGAUGCCGGCUACGAGAGCAAGUUCAAGCCCGGCAACGUGAAGCAAGAGUUCCAGCUGAAGCAGGAGAGGGAUCGUGAGCGGGAGAGGGAAAGGGAUCGGGAUCGAGAGCGGGAGCGGGAGAGAGAACGGGACCGGGAACGAGAGCGGGAACAGCCAACAGGAGGACGUCGGCGCAAGCGCAGCUCCAGCUCCAGUUCGAGUCCGUACAAGGAGAAGAAGCGGAAAAAGGAGAAGUCCGACCAUCUGCAGAUCAGCAAGGACCAGCUGCUGCCGGUGCCUGUCCUGCUGCCUUCCAACAACCACGAGCGAAUAUCCUGCCACGAGCGGUUGUCUUAUGACAAGCUUCAGCUGCUUCAUGAAGACGCUGCUGCCGCCGCCGCUGCCGCUGUCUCUGCCCCCAACGGCAGUCCCAGCAAGAAGCUGCUGGUCAUGUCACCGCUACCGCCUCCACCAACAGCCGUAGUCGUGCCCCCCGCCGUUGUGGCGCCCUCCACAUGCAGCGAAGCUGUGCAGACGACACCCCCGUUGGCAGCAGCAACGGCCACAGCGGCCACAUCCACGACGGGGAUCUCAACGGCUCCACCGGCGCCGGUCACGCGUCUCAUAUAUCGAUCCUACUUCGAUCGUGAGGAAGAGCCCCACAGCGAUGACCACAGAAAAAACAAUCAGUUCCUGGUGGAGGCCGUCAAUCGGAAGCAUGCUGCCGACUCGGAGCGCGACUCCUUCAAUCAGGUCACCCUCUAUUUGGAAGCCGUUGUCUACUUCCUCCUUACCGCCGAUUCCAUGGAACGCAGCAGCUCUGAGCAGGCCACAUGGACCAUAUACAAGGACACCCUGUCGCUAAUUAAAUUCAUUUCCUCCAAGUUUCGGCCCUACCAGCAGUCAACGAACGGACAGCACGAAACGCACAACAAAGUGGCCAUACUCAGCUUGCGCUGCCAGUCGUUGAUAUCGCUUAAGUUGUACAAGCUGCGACGGACCAAUUGUCGCACCGUCAUCAACAGCCUAACGGAGUUCUUUCGCACCGGCAGGGGGGACAUUGUCAAUGGCAAUACGCCGUCCUCCAUAUCACCAUCGAACUCGGUAGGCUCACAGGGCUCCGGUUCGAAUACGCCGCCAGGAAAAAUAGUGCCUCAAGAAAUACACAGUCAGCUGUCGAAGCAGAAUGAGUAUCUGACCUAUGUGAAUAGUGCUCACGAGUUGUGGGAUCAAGCCGAUCGACUGGUGCGCACAGGCAAUCAUAUAGAUUUCUUCCGCGAACUGGAUCACGAGAAUGGCCCGCUGACGCUGCAUAGCACCAUGCCUGAGGUGUUUCGAUAUGUGCAGGCGGGCCUCAAGACGCUCAGGGAUGCUGUGUCGCAUCCGACGCAACAGACGCUGCAUCAGUCGCACUAACGACAGCAGGAACAGCCGCAAAGGGAACGAAAGCGGAACCAGAAGCAGAAGCUGAAACAGAAACAGAAACAGAAACAUAAACACCACCACCAAACGUGUCUAAAUAAAAGUCAGGCCAAAUUAGCAACUAUUAUACACUACAAGCUACUAAUUUAGUUAAUCAAGAAACACUACACGCAAUGAAAAGAAACGAAACUAAACGGAAUAAUCCAAGAACCUUCCAACAGAACAGCAAGGAGAGAACCAACCAACCAACCAACCAAUCAACCAAUCAACCACAACACAACAAAUAAUUUGUUAAUAAUUUAUAGUUUUAUAUGUAUGUAUGUAUGAAAUUUGUAUAUGCACACCAAUUACUUAUUUCCUUAUGCUCAAUUUUCGAUUGUUUUUUGUAAGCAUUUUAAGCUUUAUAUUUAUGCCUAGUUUUAAUUGAUAUUACCUACCAAACACACACACACACACACACACACACACACACACCACACUAAAAGUUUAAUUAGCUAUAGGUCUAGACCGUAAGCUCAACCAAACAACAAGUAAGAAAAAUGUAAGCUGACCCUGACCCUGACUUCCCUGUACUUCCUAUAACCCAAAUGAUGAACAUUUUAGUUGAAUUUGGUUUUCGUAUGCGUCAAAAGCAAAGAAAAAGAAUGCCUUUUUUAAUUGUUUAAGUUUUAGUUAAUUUUUUUUUUUGCAUUGCAUUGCAUUGGUAAAGAGAAUCGAUCGCGUUAGCCAAUAUAUUUGUAUAUGCAUAUUAUCGCAUCUAUUUAAAGCAACAAGUUAUAGCUAUAAAUUCCUUUUACUAGUUUUGAUUAUUAAUUAUGUUUAGUGCAACUAUUCUAUUGAUUUAAAAGUAAUUUUUUUAAAGCAAUCACAACAACGUUUCUAGAACAAAAUACAUGAAAUGAAAGAAAAUAAUA